AUGAGUAAGACCUUGCACGUAGAAUUUCAGCGGACGCAUAAUCGUGUUCUAUUUGUGAAAAUUUACAGGAACCAACAGAAAAGGACUGAAGCAGCAGCCCCAUUAUCGCCUUUUAGUUGCCAAAAUGAGGAGAAGUCAUCAACGGCAUCUAAUGCAAGGACACUGAGAAGACAAUCCUUAACUGGCAUCCCACUACCAACCAUGUCGAGAAGAUCUUCACUUGGAGGAGGGAGCGUGCCGGAUUCUUGUGCAAAUGGAAGUGGAAAUUGCAAAACUCCAGGCGCGUCAGCCAAGUUAACAAAGAGGUGGCUAUGAGGAAACAACACUAAG